AUGCCCACGCGGGAUCAUGAGCAACCCGACCGACAGGGCUCUGAGAGCUCCGCCGGGAGCUGGAAGUCUCAAGACACUGUCCGGAAUACCGAGUCCUUGCGUCCCGAUGAGCUGGAGCCAGCAUUCGACGGUCGCAACGCUGAACAGUUCCCAGGAUCAAUAGGUGCAGAAAGAUCAGGUCCUCCGAGACCGGUUGGAAUCGACUGGGGAUGGACGUGGAACUCCCCCGAUAUCUCUCCGACCGAGGAGCGCAAGGGCUCUGGCUUCAGUCACCAUCGCAAGGCUCUGGCAGUCCUUGGAGCAGGCGACGACCCAAUGUGUUCCUCUUCUAGCUUCCACCCCCCUCCGAUUCAUCCUCCACGGCCUAAACCCGAAGAACCUGAUUCAAUCGCUCCUUGGGUCACACCAGGUAGCUCUGAUGGCCCCGGUACAUUUCUGAAUUCAGCUUCUGAAUAUGAACCGUCUCCAGCAUCAGCAACAUUCCGUCCAACCACCGGGCGGACUUUCGCCAGUGAGCCUGGUGACUUGGACUGGAACACCGACCACCGCAGACCGUCUGCAACGAGCAUGACAAGCAGCACGGGAUCAAAAUCGAGCACCGGAGCUAGACUGUGGAAGAAGAAGUCCAAAGCGUCAGCGAGCGACGAGUGGCCCGUGCCAGACGAGCCAGACGAGGACGGCUCGUACAGCUCGUUCGGCAAACGCGGGGGUCUAGUCGACAAGGUCAAGGCGAGGGAGAGGGCCAACUCCGAUGGGUCAGAAGCUUCGCAACGGCAUGCACGCACCCGAGCUGGAACGCCGGCUCCUUCAAGCGAAGUGACUCCAUGGCUGUACCAGAAUGUCAACGAUAUUUCGCAAUACGGUGAAGCACCUGUCCGACAAGUGCCUACCGGACCGGAUGGGCAGCGUCUGGCCUCAACCAGUAGCAACACUCGUGGAAUCACCAGAGAGCCAAGCCGAAGAACGGCCAACGGACACCGUCACUCGAGGAGCAAGAGAGAAAAGCCCACCCUGGCGGGUGACUUGGCUGGAUAUCAUGGCCGACCCGCAGGCGGGCGGGAUGAUAUUGGAGUCGGCUCGAAGCCCUUUUACGGCGGUGAACAAUAUCUCAAUUCCUCCAGUGCAAUGAGCUCCCAAACUACGCUGGGCCGGCCCACUAGUCCAACUCCAAGUCUCCAAAGCGCCGUCUAUCGCGAACAUGGCCAGAAUUCCCCCGGCGGUCAGCAUGACAAGCGUGGUCUUUUGACCCGAGUCCGACAUCUGUUGCCGGGCGGACACAAACCGUAUGAUAAGUCCAAGCACGAUCACACACUGAGGCGACAACCCAGCCUAGAGGGCAGCUCAACUCGUCUCGAUGUGGCAGAAUCGGACAGGAAAAAGGAUGGAUCGAAGCGAAAGUUGAAGGGGCGCUUCCCAAUUGGUGGAGAUGGUCACGCAUCAAGGGAGAACGCUGUCCAGGACGAAGAAGGCUCACAUGUCUUCAAGCUCGACACCAAUCUGAAAGAUAUGAAUGACAUUGUUCGCGCAGCUUCUCCGGGUCAGAUGAGACGAAUCGCCGAUGGCACUACCACGCCACGAGAGGAUCCAGCCAGGCCUGAGCAAGGCGCUGGUCUUGACACGUGGUCUGCACCUGAAAGUUGGGCUGUAAAGAAGGAGAAAGAGCCGCUUGUGGAAGCAGUACCUCAGCAGCCAACUAGUGCGGCAUACUUCAUUCGAAUUUUCCGCAUCGAUUCGACAUUUGCGACGCUCUCAGCCGGCGUGAACGCCACUGUUGCUGAAAUCUUGUAUAUGCUUGGAAGAAAGUCUUUCCUCCAAGAUCACCUUAACAACUAUGAAAUUGUGCUACGGAAAAACGACUUAUCGCGACAGCUUGAACAUAACGAACGUCCGAUUUUAAUGCAAAAAAGACUGCUGGAGCAGGUUGGGUACACCGACAAAGAUCGCAUUGAGGACAUUGGUCGAGAGGACCACAGUUAUCUUUGUCGCUUCAUUUUUCUGCCGACAAAGCUAAGUGGCUACACCAGCCUCGAGGGCGACCCAGGAUUCAGCAAAAUGUCGAAAUUCAGUCACGUUGAUCUUCAAGGUCGAAGUCUGGUCACCAUUCCAAUCACGCUUUAUAAGAAGUCUCUGGAAAUCAUUUCACUCAAUUUGUCCAGAAACCUUUCAUUGGACGUACCGAAGGAUUUCAUCCAAGGUUGCACCAAUUUGCGAGAGAUCAAAUAUAUUGGCAAUGAGGCUCGAUAUCUUCCUGCGAGCUUCAGCCUGGCUUCUCGUCUCACUUACCUGGAUAUCUCCAACAACUGUCUGGAAGAGCUGGAACAUGCACAAUUAGACCGAUUAGUUGGUCUGGUCAGCAUCAAGAUGGCAAACAACCAAUUGACAAAGUUGCCCAGCUACUUUGGGAAUUUCCAGUACCUUCGGAGUUUGAACAUGUCUUCCAACAGCUUCAAGGAAUUUCCUGAAUUUUUGUGCAAAUUGCGAAGCUUGGUUGAUCUUGACAUCAGCUUUAACAGCAUCGAGGAAAUCCCUAAUAUUGGACAGUUGGUUACGCUCGAGCGCCUAUGGAUGACAAACAACAAUAUCAGCGGUGCGCUUGACGACUCGUUCCGAGAGCUGGCGAACCUGAAGGAGAUAGAUGGCCGAUUCAAUGCAAUCACCAAUAUUGACAAUAUCUCUCGACUGCCGCGGCUGGAGCAAGUUUUCUUUGGCCACAAUCUUAUUUCGCGGUUCCGUGGCGCGUUCCCUAAGCUUCGCAAUCUCCACUUGGACCACAAUCCUCUCACUCAAUUCGACAUUGAUGCUCCUAUGCCGACCCUUAGUUCAUUGAAUUUGGCGUCGGCGAAGAUAUCGCAGUUCCGUGACGCCAUGUUUGAGAACCUACCCAACGUAUCCAAGCUGAUUCUCGAUAAAAAUCAUCUGUCCUCAAUUUCCGUGCAAAUUGGCAAGCUGCGCCGACUCGAACAUUUCAGCAUCAUAAAGAAUCCACUGGGAUCAUUGCCAGCUACCAUCGGAUGCCUCACAGAACUCAAGGAACUCAACGCGAGGGAGUGUAAUCUCAAAUUUCUACCCGAUGAAAUUUGGCACUGCGCAAAGUUGGAAACUUUGAACGUCUCUACGAACCUCUUGACUACUUUCCCCAAGCAUGGUGCGCCCCAGCCUCUGGUUCCUGGUGAACCCACCACGACUCCAAUGGCGACGCCAGCGCUGAGCGGAAAUCCGAGCUACGAGGAACUCGGCCCAUUGGAUGAGCCAGGCAGUCUACGCCGCCCUAGUCAGACAUCCGGUGGCCUCGGUGGAUCUAGUUCACCUCCCAAUGCCUCUCACCGUCAUCCAUCCACUACUCCUUCUGUCGGCCACACAGGCCCGCGAAAGGUAUCUGCGGCAUCGCGGACUGCCACUGAUACAAGCUCUGGAUCUCGCAAGGAUUCCAAUUUCUCACAGCACGCAGCGACUGUGACGUUUGCCGGGUCUCUGCGAAACCUGUACCUUGCGGACAACCAGCUGGAUGACGAUAUCUUCCGCGAACUAGCGCGUCUGCCUGAGCUGCGCAUCGUGAAUCUGUCGUACAAUGAGCUGACAGAGCUCCCACAAGGUGUUCUCAAAAGAUGGCCAUUGAUUUCAGAGCUCUACCUGUCAGGCAAUGAGCUGACAUCGCUUCCGUCCGACGAUCUGGAAGAAGGUAGCAACCUCAAAGUGCUGCACAUCAAUGGUAAUCGGUUCCAAGUCUUGCCCGCGGAGCUUUGCAAAGUCAGCAAGCUAUCCGUUCUCGAUGCGGGAAGUAAUGCACUGAAAUAUAAUGUGUCCAACUGGCCAUACGAUUGGAAUUGGAAUUGGAACCGGAGUUUGAGGUACCUCAAUUUUUCAGGUAACAAGCGGCUCGAGAUCAAGCCAAAUAUUGGCACCAUUGGCCAGUCGACUGGAAGUGGUGCGGACCUGACCGAUUUCUCCUCCCUCACUCAUCUCCGAGUCCUGGGUCUCAUGGAUGUCACGUUGACAAUUCCGACCAUUCCUGACGAGAACGAAGAUCGCCGUGUAAGAACCUCUGCGUCCUUGGCCGGAUCGCUCGCUUACGGAAUGGCCGAUACGCUGGGCCGAACCGAGCAUCUUUCAAUUAUCGACAUGAUAGUUCCUCGCUUGAAGCCUGACAAUGUCGAGACGUUGGUGGGUAUGUUUGACGGUUCCACGAUGUCCAGUGGUGGCUCCCGUGUUGCGAAGUACCUUCAUGAGAACUUUACUCCCACCUUUUCCCGUGAACUCAAGAGACUACAGACAGGCCAGGAGGAAACUCCGCUCGAUGCACUUCGACGCACAUUCUUGUCUCUGAAUAAGAACAUGGCCGGGCAUGCGUACCGUUCAAUCGAUGAUCGGGAACUCAGGCAAUAUAACCGCGGGUCGGCCGCAUCAAAACAGCUCUGUCGCGACGACAUUCACGCCGGCGGGGUUGCCACUGUGCUCUACCUGAACAAUAUGGACUUGUACGCGGCCAAUGUUGGUGACGCCCAAGCAAUUCUUGUGAAACAAGAUGGCUCAUCACGCCAGUUGACUCGUGUUCAUGACCCGGCAGAGUCAAGUGAACGUGCACGUAUUCGUUCUGCCGGCGGAUUUGUUUCGCGCAAUGGCAAAUUGAAUGAUGUGCUCACUGUCUCAAGGUGCUUCGGUCAUUUCCCGAUGAUGCCCGCUGUCAUCGCCGCCCCAUCUACAUUACAUACAACCCUCACGGAGCAGGAUGAGAUGAUCAUUUUGGGUUCAAAAGAAUUGUGGGAGUUCGUUACCCCUCAAUUAGUCGUUGACGUGGCAAGAGACGUCUAUCCCAAUUUGAUGCUUGCGGCUCAGAAGCUUCGCGAUCUUGCGAUCUCGUUUGGAGCAACCAACAAGUUGAUGGUGAUGAUUCUGGGUGUCAGUGAACUUCAGCGCCGCCAGAAGAAGUGGUCGCGACCGAGCAUGAACCUGGAACGCUCGACAUUCCCGGAUGACGGUAUCGUUCCCUCAACGAAGAUUCGACGAAGACCUCGAGACGUGCCAGCGGAUACUCGCCUUGCGCGCUUCGACUACGUGGACGCACCCAUCGGUGAAUUGGCCAUCAUAUUUACCGAUAUCAAAAGAUCGACUGGUCUGUGGGAGACCUGUCCAGACGCCAUGCGCUCGGCGAUUUCCAUCCAUAAUGAUAUCCUUCGGCGGCAAUUAGGAAUCAUUGGCGGCUACGAGGUCAAGACGGAAGGCGAUGCUUUCAUGGUGGCCUUUUCCACCACGACUGCGGCUUUACUUUGGUGCUUCAAUUGCCAGAAUAGUCUUUUGGAAGCCGAAUGGCCUACUGAAAUUCUUGAUCAGCCCCAGUGUGAGGUCGUCACCGAUGUGGAAGGAAACAUCAUCUCCCGCGGAUUGUCUGUGCGCAUGGGCGGCCACUGGGGUGAGCCUGUCUGUGAGAGAGAUCCUGUCACGAACCGCAUGGAUUACUUUGGUCCGAUGGUCAACCGAGCAUCUCGAAUUUCCGCUGUUGCUGAUGGCGGACAGAUCUUUGUCUCCUCCGAUUUCAUGAGCGAUAUCCAGCGCAACCUGGAGAUAUUUGCUGAUGCCGAGCGAUCUGCCUCUACCAGUUCAACUGACAGCCAUCCACGAGUUGAUAGUCUGGGACAUAACAUUCGCCGCGAGCUGAAUCAGCUGAAUAGCCAAGGCUUUGUGAUCAAAGAUCAGGGCGAGCGGAAACUCAAAGGACUGGAGAACCCCGAACCACUCUACCUUGUUUAUCCUCAUGCGCUAGCAGGUCGCCUGUCGAGCUUGGAAGAAUCUAAUAUCGAAAAGGAGGGACAGCCAGCAACAAUUGAGAAGACGUCUCAGCUCAACUUAAAUACCGACGAUAUCUGGCGACUCUGGGAGGUCACCCUUCGUCUUGAAAGACUUUGCAGUGCCCUGGAGAAUCCCAGCGACAAAGGACUCCGGGAACCCAACCUCGCGCUGUUCAACAUGGUGAAAAAUCAUGGCGGCGAGCUCAACGACCCGACUGUGCUCAGCUUGAUCGACCAGCAGGUUACUCGCAUCGAGGUCAACAUCAAUACUCUCGCGAUACGCAACCUGAUGCGCCCUUUCAAGCCAGGGGACAAGCUCGAGGAUCAUGCUGCUCCCAUUGGCGAUAUCUUCCAACAACUGGCCACACAGCUGGCAGAAUACCGUGCCCUCCAAGAGCAGGUAGGCACCGGGGCUGCUGGCAUUCCUGGUGGGCCACCCGCUCCUCACUACGGUGGCAUUACGAUGCACUCAAACCUCAGCGGUGAUAGUAAUCUGACGUCCGCUUCAUCGUCUUUCCCCCACUUGGACAAUCUCCGUUCCUUCGACUCCCGCAACAAUCGAUAA